UUUCUAAUUCAGAAUAUCAUAAGUCUAGAAGUCAUCCUCCAAAAAAACUUAAAGCAUCAACUAAAGAAGCUACUAAACAAACUCAUAAACAGAGAACAUGCAGUUACUGUUCAAAAAAAGGACAUAAUAUUCGUGGUUGUACUCAAUAUAAAGCUAACAUGGUUAAUUAA